AUGAAGUAUAGCAGAUAGAAAAAGACAACACUAACAACAAACAAAAAAGGAAAAAGGUUGGGAAGCAAAUUCAAAAGCACAAGACGGGAAUACGUACACCCAUUCCCAAUUUAGUUUUGCAUCCAAAUCCUCCCAAAUAUCCAAUAUAUCCCAACCCCAACCCCAAGCAUCUGUUUCUCGUUUUUUUUCCUUCACCCAUAUUAUAUUCACCAGACCACAAGAGGUUGAUUUUGUUAAUUUCUUUCAAAUUUGAAGAAAAAGGGUGAAGAAUCACUCUCUCCAAUCAAUUAUAAGCAGCUACUCCACAUUUUAUUUUCUAUAUAUAUAUAUGUAUAUAUUUCUCCAUUCACUCUCUGUUUUUCUUUCUUUGGCUCACAAUUAGACUACUACAACAAAGUGAAGAAGGUGAAGGAAGCUAGUAAUUGAGCUGAGCUGUGUGUCGGUGCCCGCUCCCUCUUAUCUUUUCCUUUUUCAACUGCGCAUUCUUCUCUUCAGAUCCGACUUGAAUAAUGCAGCUGCAACUGCAUUUUUCCGUCUCAUUCUGGAUUUAACCUAGGCUCCUUUCCAAUUCAUUCGUUUUUCUUUUGAUUUGUUAGGCAAUACAAAGAAUAACAAAAGGAAAGAAAUAUGGACGGAGAUGGAGAUGCGCCUUUAGAUUACGCCACCAUUCAGAUUCUGCCUUCUCAAAACAGAUACGAGGCAUUUACAUGUCGCGACGACAAAGUAGAAAAACUGGCUGUUGGGUUUCUGCAAAAACUCUUGCCCCAUUUACCCGGAGUAAACAACUUGUACGCCAACGGAUCCAAUACUAACUACAAACUCCAACUGCCCCACAAUCUAAACACUGCCCCAUGGUUUACUAAAUCUACUUUGACCAGAUUCCUAAAUAUUGUUGGUUCAACGGAUUUAUUGGAUACUGCUAAAGUUAUUGAAGGCGAGAUGUCUCAGUUGGAGGAAGCCAGAAAAUUUCAUCUUUCUCUAUAUGCUCAGGGGCAUUCAGAUAAUAUUAAAAGCAGCGAAAAAGAUAUAUGUGACCAAGUAGACAUGGUCCCGACAUCCAAACAGUUCGAAGUCCAGAAUUCAUCAUCAGAUACCUCAAAGAAUGAGCUCUUACAUGCUAUGGACUUGAGACUUACAGCAUUAAGAAGUGAGUUAGUUGCAGCUUUUAACCGGGUGGUUGGAGAAACCUGCUCCUACAAAGAAAUGACUCAUCUAGCAAACUUUUGUGAAAAUUUUGGAGCAAAUGAUGUAAAGAAUUUCUUGUGCACGUUACUAGAGCUGAGCCAAAAGUGCCAAGUUGCUAAUCCCCCAGAUGAUGAAAAGUCUUCAUCCACUCGUGCUUCAGUGAAUGGCAGCAUGAACAGGGCUGAUGGAAAUAAUCACAUAUCAAAGCCAGUAAGUUCAGAAACACCAGUUAAAUAUGGUGUUUCACCAGCAAAAGUUGCCCAGGUUGAACGGCAGAGCUCAACAGAAAGUGGGGAAUCUUCUGACUCAAGUGACAAGAAUCAAAUGUCUGCAGAAAGAAGUCGAGCUCUUAUAAGAUCUGCAUCGCCUAGACGGUCAGCAUCUCCUAUGCGAAGGGUUCAGAUAGGGAGGAGUGGCUCGCGUAGGGCCCCUGCUCUGACCAUAAAGAGCCUUAGUUACUUUCCUGCUAGAGAAAAGAUAUUGUCUCAAAGAGGUGUAGCUUCAGAUGGUAGUGAAGAGGAAGGAUCUGGACACAGUAAGAAACCCGAGAAUAAUGUUCGGCGUAUGAGUGUUCAAGAUGCGAUAAAUCUUUUUGAAAGUAAACAAAGGGAUCAGAUUACUGAUGUUCCAAAUAAGAACUCAUUAACAAACAUCUCUCUUGGUCCAAGUAAGUCUGUAUUGAGAAGAUGGAGUGCAGGUAUGGGUGAGUCCUCCUCCCAAUGCCAAUCACAGAAUGCUUCUGAAGAUCCUGUUCCAGAGCCGCUUGAUAAUGUCAUCAAUAGUGAUAUCAUAAGGAGGUCAGCAGAAGUUAAUUUGGAAUCAGAUACUAGGACUGGACAAGAAAACAUCAAUGAGACUGUUGAUGUGAAGUUAGAAAGGCUGGAAGAGAGCUCAUGUAGUCCAAUAGAUGUUCAAGAGGUCACAGAUAUAAUCCAUGAAGUUGAAGAGGAAGCUAAUGAAAGGUCAAAAAGCUCAGCUGAAUGGAGUCAACAGAAGGAAGUGGAGUUGAACCAAAUGUUCAAAAAAAUGAUGGAAAAUCAGCCUGUUAGCUGUAGGAAGCCUCAAACUAAAGUCAGACAAAUUCUGCCUCCAGAGCAGAGAGGUGGAUUUUAUGACCAUUACAAGGAGAAGAGGGAUCAAAAACUUAGAGGAGAGAAUGCUGGAAAGCGUGCGGAAAAAGAAGCAAAAUUUAAAGCAAUGCAGAAAAUUCUUGAUGAGAGGAAAGCAGAAAUGGCUUCCACAAACGAUAAUAAUCUUUGUAAUAAGGAUCCUCCUACAAAGACCCAAAAAUCUGUUAAAACAUCCCAACAGUUACUUAAGAAUCCUUCUCAGCCUGCUAAUACAAGGAAGGAAACCACAAAACCUUCAACUACAAAGAAAGUUUCAUCUAAAACAUCCUCCUUGCCUGCUACUCGUAAGUCAUGGCCUUCAACACCAUCACGGAGAACAACAGGGACAUCACCAGCUAAAACUUCUGGUGGAAUCUCUUCUGCUGGCACUACACCAACGCGUCGGAAACCUCAGUCAGCACAAUCAGUACCUCGACCAAACCCUACAGUGGAAAGCUCCCGGCCACAGCGAAGAAAUGUGAAGGCAACCCAGACUGAUAAACGAGGUUUAGUGGGUGUCAAUGAGAAGCAGCAACAAAAAUUGAUGAAAAGCAACAAAACAACAAAGACAGAACUUGCAGCAGCACCUGCGGACUCUUCCAGUAUGGUUCCGGUGAAGCCUAGUUUGUAUAACAAGGUAACAAAGAAAAGUAGUGUAGUUCCAGUGGAAUCAAAGCCAUUUCUCCGUAAAGGUUCGGGAUUUACCUCUAGUGUUGGUCUUGCCAACAAGAUAAAAAAUCCUUCUCAGUUGGACUCUUUGAAAAACAAUGAAAAUUCUAUUGAUCCUCAAAAAAGUGAUGUGAUUGUCAAUGCUUCUGUCUUGGCAAGUGAGUCUCAGGAUCAGGAUGUUUCAUCACUGGAUCAUUGUGAUGGUGCUAUUCAGUCAGAAACACAGCUAAAUGGCCAUCAGAAAUGUGAUGUGAUUGAGAGUGUUGAUGAACUUGCUCCUGACUUUGAUGAUGGAUUAAAAAAUAUUCCCGGGUCUUCUCAAUGUGAGGAAGAAUCAACCAUCUCACCAUCUGCUUGGGUGGAAAUAGAAGAGCUUCUGGACCUGCCUAGCCAAUGUGAUGAGAAAACAGGUGAAAUUACAUCUUCAGCCAGCAUUGCACCUGUUGGAUUGGCAAGUCCCCGUGUCCGUCACUCUCUGUCACAGAUGCUGCAAGAAGAAAGUAUUGAAGCUGAUACUAGUGAAUGGGGAAAUGCUGAAAAUCCGCCUGCAAUGGUCUACCAAAAAGAUGCACCAAAGGGAUUGAAGAGGCUGUUGAAGUUUGCUCGGAAGAGUAAGGGGGAUGCUAAUAUAACCGGUUGGUCUAGCCCAUCAGUAUUUUCUGAGGGAGAGGAUGAUGCAGAAGAAUCAAAAGUUAUUAAUAAGAGAAAUGCUGAUAACCUACUACGAAAGGCUGCCCUUCACACAAAGAAUUAUGCGCAACAAAAGACAUUGUUGUCUGAUGGCUGUGAAAAUCAUUUGGAUUCUCAUGAGCUUCCAUCUGCUCAAUCAGGCAUCAGCAUGCUUGAUGCCCACAAAUUGCACAAGGGCAGUGUCUCAGCUGCAGCCUCCACCACUAAAGGGACAAGGUCAUUCUUCUCCCUUUCAGCAUUUAGGGGUAGUAAACCAAGUGAGAUGAAGCUUCGCUAAAACUUGGAUGAUUAUGAAAAUUGAGGUUAUUGGCGUUUGCUCUCUCCCAGUCCUAGGCUAAGCUUUGACGGAGGUCAAUUUCCUCUGCUUUUCUCUUUUCAUUUUUUUUUUUUUUUGGUGUAUUGUUUUUGCAUGUCAGCAGUCAAGGAUCAUUCUCUAUGAAUGUGUUUUGUGUUGGGAGGGGUGUUCAUGUAGAUACAGUACGUUGCCGUAUUAGGAUUUCCAUCCUGCUAAUGUUCCAUGGUAACCAUUAUGCCGAGGACAUAAAACAAUGAUGAUUUUGUUUUGUCAGCAUUAAAAAAUUUCAAGCCUUGUACUGUGGAAUCCCAUAGACA